UGGUAGAAGCGCGUCGUUUCGAGAAUAAUAGCUUUAAGUAUAAGUAAAUGAGUUUUAUCAUUAUAGUAUAAUAUUUAAUAACACAAAUCUAAAAAUCAAUUUACAAACCAUUACUCAGCUAUGAAUUUAGAGUUGCUUGAAUCUUUUGGACAAAAUUAUCCUGAGGAGUUUGAUGGGUCUCUUGAUUCGAUAUCUCUGGCGGCGACCUGCGCGUUUAACCGUCGCGGUACCCUGUUGGCAGUGGGGUGCAACGAUGGGAGGAUCUUUAUUUGGGACUUCCUUACGCGAGGAAUUGCAAAGUCAAUAUCCGCACAUGUGUAUCCCGUUUGCAGUCUUAGUUGGUCCAGAAAUUGUAGAAAGCUUCUAUCAGCCUCAACAGACCACAACGUUUGCAUCUGGGACAUCCUCACAGGCGAGUGUGAGCAGCGCUACCGCUUCCCAACCGCCAUAGUGCGAGUCCAGUUCGAUCCACGCAACGACAAGAGGUUCCUCGUGUGUCCCAUGCGCCAUGCGGCGCUGUUGGUCGACACGGACGGGGAUCACAACAUACUGCCCAUUGAUGAAGAUGGUGACAUAAACGUGAUAGCAUCAUUCGACCGGCGCGGCGACUACGUGUACACGGGCAACACAAAAGGCAAGAUCCUGAUAUUGGACUCUCAGACGCUGGCAAUAAAGGCGAGUUUCAAGAUCACCGUCGGCACCUCCAGCACGACGGGGAUUAAGAGCAUAGAGUUCGCUAGGAGGGGAGAUUGUUUCUUGGUGAACACCUCGGACCGCGUGAUCCGUGUGUACGACACGACGACGGUCGUCAAGAGCGGCGUCAACGGAGAGCCCGAGCCCAUACAGAAACUACAGGAUCUCGUCAACAAAACGACAUGGAAGAAAUGCUGCUUCUCCGGCGACGGGGAGUACAUCUGCGCGGGCUCGGCGCGCCAGCACGCGCUCUACAUCUGGGAGAAGAGCAUCGGCAACCUCGUCAAGAUCCUGCAUGGGACCAAGGGCGAGCUGCUGCUCGACGUGGUCUGGCAUCCCAUCCGACCCAUCAUAGCUAGUAUUAGUGCAGGUGUCGUAUCCAUCUGGGCGCAAAAUCAGGUCGAGAACUGGUCGGCCUUCGCGCCCGACUUCAAGGAACUGGACGAGAACGUCGAGUACGAGGAGAGGGAGAGCGAGUUCGAUGUGGCCGACGAGGACCGCUCCGUCGACCAGGCCGGCGAGCUUCGGGACGAUGAGGACUUUGAGGUGGACGUAACGACGUGCGAGCCCGUGGCGGCGUUCUGCAGCUCCGACGAGGAGGGCGAGGAUGGUGGCAUGCUCCACUUCCUGCCUAUAGCACCAGAGAUUGAAGACCCGGAGGACGGCUGGGCGGCCACGCAAGACACGGUCACACCGACGGAGACGCCCGAGAAGCUGGAGCCCGCCGCCAAAAGGCCGAAGAGCAAAACCUAUGAUAUUUCCCUCAAAAUAGCGCCUCCCGAACAACCGCUGUCGUUCGGCGGCAAGAACAAGCAGGCGGCAGGCAGCAAAAAGGUGGCAGGGAGACCAAGAAAAUAAACAAAAAAUAUU